CUUCCUCUCUGCUGGGAGGCACCAGCCUGCUCUUCUCACUGCCCAGGACAAAGCAGCGGGUCAGGGACUUCUCCAAGCAGCCUCAGUGCCUGUCCCGGGAAGGUGGGCAUGGGAGGACGGAGGAUGGCAAGGGAUGAAGAAAGUGUCUAUGAUCCCGAGGCCGCGCAGCUCCUGCAGGAGCCCAGACUGAGGCUCCUCCUGGUGGGGAAAUCUGGCACCGGGAAGAGCGCCACGGGGAACAGCAUCCUGGGCCGGGACUGCUUCCCGUCCCGGCUCAGCGCCACGCCCGUGACCACGACCUGCGCCGUGGGGACGUGCAGGUGGGGCCGGUGGCACGUGGAGGUCCUGGACACGCCGGACCUGUUCAGUUCCGACAUCCCCGACUCGGACCCGCGGUGGUGGGAGCGGGGCCGUUGCGUCCUGCUCUCGGCGCCGGGGCCCCACGUCCUGCUGCUGGUGACCCAGCUGGGCCGCUUCACCCCCGGGGACCAGCUGGCCGUGAGCGCCGUGAAGGACGCUUUCGGGGACGCCGUGCUGGCGCGCACCAUCAUGGUCUUCACGCGCGGGGAGGACCUAGCCGGGGGGUCCCUGCGGGAGUACGUGCGCGACGGCGACAACCGCGCGCUGCGCGAGCUGGUGGCCGAGUGCGGGCACCGCGUGUGCGCCUUCAACAACCGGGCCACGGGCGGCCAGCGGGAGGCGCAGGUGGCCGAGCUGAUGGCGCAGGUGGAGCAGCUGCUCAGGGCCCAGGGCGGCGGCCCCUACACCGGCGGGCCCUUCCAGCUGGCGCAGACCCCGGGCUUGGGCAGCGCCCAGGACCAGCUGCGCAGGGUGGCCGCGAGCCUGGCCGCGCGCAUGCACCAGCCCCGACGGCGACGCGGGCUGCUGGCAGGGCUGUGGGCCUGGAGCCGGGCGCCUGCCAACCGCCCGUGGGUGGGCCUGGCCCUGCUGCUGGGGGGCGUCCUCCUGUUCUACCUGCUGCAGGGGUACCGGGGCGCUCGGGAGCACCUCAGGGACUCUUAGAGCAGAUGCACAGCGCAGGAACCGGCCAGGGAGGAACCGUGACCCGGAGCAGAAAACAGAUCAGAGAGUGUCUGCCACGACAGAGAGCAACAUUCUGACCAGAGGUGUCACUUCUGACUAUAGAUAUGCACUUGGUACAAUAAAUCUGUCCAACAUUAAAACACCCUUGAAAUGUCUUAAUACUGAUGCAUCUCUCUUCUCUGGGAGAAAUAUUAAAUGGCUUAUGAUUUUAUAGUAAGGGUCUUUCACAUCUUUUGUUGCGUAGAUUCAUUGGAAAACAAACGUUGGUUCCUUUUAUUGUUAAUGAUUUCG